AUGGCAAAGAUGAAGAUAAGUUUGAAACUCCAAGUAGAUGUAAAGACAAACAAGGUGGUGUUUGCAGAAGCUGGUAAGGAUUUUGUAGAUUUCAUCUUCACCCUGAUGGAGUUACCCCUUUCGACUGUGUCAAAACUGCUGAAUAAUGAGAAAUUAGGCAUGGUGGGUUGCCUUGGAGAACUCUAUAAAAGUAUUGAAUCUCUAGAUGUUGACUACUACGACUCAAAACUCAGCAAAGAUUCAUUGCUAAAGCAAACAGAUGAUGUUACUGUUCCUUUGUUUUCACUCAAUACUGUACCAAAGCCCUCAAGUGAGACUUUAAUUACAUACUAUGAGUGCUCGAAUCAUAGUAUGUAA